GAAUAUCCGACGACGUCGCCGUCUCGGACGGUAGGCCGCCGUGUACCUAUACUGUGCACCACCACCGCGCGCGCACAAGACACGUACCAACGAAACGCCGCCGUGUUGUAAAACGCAUAAUCAAAUAAUAACCGUUGUUGUAUAAGCAUCACAGUUGAGCUGGCGCGAGCUAUGACGUCGUACUGCGAUGAUGUCCGUCAUCGAUCAUCUUCCGUACUCGUUCGGCGGUUAUUACGGUUCGUUUUAUCAUCGAUCACGAUCACAGCAGCCGCCGCCGCCGCCGUCUCCGCGGGUGUAAUCGCAACCGCGGGUGUCGCUGUCGUGUCCACCGACGACCUGGUACGCGACGCGCGUUGUCUCGCCAAGUGUUACCGUCAAAUCUCCUCCGAAAAGCCCAAAGUACGUACACACAUACACGCGCACGUCUUAUCGUUAUUUUCGAAAAUACCUCGUAAAUCACGUCGUGUCCGUCACAUUCGACUUGCUGGAUUUACAAACGACUUGGUGGGCCGGAGUAAUUUUCGGUUAAAAAAAAAAAAAAUACAAUAAUAAAAUACUCGAUCUAAAACCCGAUACCCGUAUAUUUUCAUUAGUUUAAUAUGGUAUGCAUUAUUAUGUACUCGUUUUCAAGUUAUAUGUAAGUAUACGUUACAUAAAACGAAUAUGCUUUACGCGGUAUUUGUUUUUAAAUAUUCGUAAAAGUGUUGGAAAGCCACUACGACCUAAACCUAACCUAACCCCGAACACGUAUGUAAAUUUACUAAAAAAAAAAAAAUGGCGAAAAAUAUGUCUGAAAUAUUCAUAUAUAUAUAUAUAUAUAUAGGGUGUAGGUAUAUCGGUUAUUUAUAUUGUAUCACUUCAGCAUUGUUUCUGAUAAUCCUGAUAUUGGCUUAUUCUACCGGGAAUCGAAAUCUGUAUAUGAAAUAUAAAUGAUGCGUAGUAAUCACUGCACAAAAAAAUGUGUGAAAUUUUAAAGGAAAACAACCAGUUUCGUGUAAACCGUAUGUAAAUAACAAUAACGGCCCUUGGACGACUCUUCCAUCACGCAGUAUAUGAGAAUUAGUUUUGAAAUCGCCGUUCAUAAGCUAUAGAGAUUUAGGAUUGCUAUAAAUCCGAUAGCACGACGAUUGCCUAAAGAUUUUAGGAUAAUAUAAUGUCAUAUGCGUACAUUAUUCUAAUUUAAUCGUUAGUUUAAAAAAAAAAAACUUUUAGAUCGAAACAAGAAAUUUAUUCAUUUUACUGCGUUUUUUUUCGUGCCUGUAAAUAUAUUUUCUACCAGAAAUCUUGCUCCAACGAAAAACUUCAUGGAAACUUUCUAGUAGAAUCUUUGAUUUAGUAUGAUACAUCGAGGUGGUCACUUUUUCAUUGUUCUUGUAGUUAAUGGUAGUUAAUUGUAUAAAUGGAAAAAACGAGUAAUUUUUCUUAUAGAAAAAUGCAUUAAAAACACGCGUUGAAAACGGACUGGAAUAUCGAACAAACUAUUUUGUUGUUUAUUUUGAACAUAUUAUUAUAAUUGAAAACAACAAUUAAUAGUUUUUCAUCGUGGUGUAGUUAUCUCUACGAUUAACGAGUAGAACAACAUUUAUUUUUAUACCAAACGAAAAUAGAAUUGUCGACGACUAUUUAAACCCAUAGGCGUAACUAGACCACUGAACUUUGGGAGAGGGGGGACUUAAAUUAUAAAGACAUGGGGGUAAUAUUCCCGAAAUUUCCUUUAUAUGACAUUUAUGAUAAGCAACUAUAAAUUUUAUUCACAAGUUAUUAUAAAAAAUGUAUCAUAACUUUUUUAACUUAAUUGUUUAUACGAGUACACAGUACACACACGUAUUGUCUGCAGGUAAUCUGUAUUUUGUUCUACUUAUUAAUAUUACUUAAGAAAUACGUUGAUAAAAUAUUUAGUUGACACUAUAAAAAAGCUUAUUGGGUAUUUUUUCUUAGGGAAGUGCAGUGGUUUCUACAGAUUCACUAGCAGCCCCCUAGCUUCGGCUAUGCUUAGGUAUACCAUAUUUAUUUAGUUAUUAGUAAGUUCACGAACGAGUUUUAAUAUGUUAAAGUAAACGAAUGAACAACCGUCACAAUAAAAUUUCUUUGAAUACAUUUUGAAUAAUACGCUAUGGAAUAUUCUAGUCGUAUUACGAUAAAAAAUUAUUCGUUGUUCAGCAAUGUCGCGGUAAAUACCCGUUUAGUUUUACCAUUUUUCUUUUAACGUUAUAUGAACUCUAACUCGUAUAAAUAUUCUUAAUACGUACAAUAUAUAAUUAUUAAUCUCAGGCAUGUUGUUUUUGUGUAAACGUUUGUGUUAUUUUAGCAACGAAAUUUUAAAAUAAAUUGGCAUGAAAUGAUUUAUCAAACAAGGGAAUAAAAAAAAUCCCGUGUGGUUGGUCAUUAUAUUAUAGGUAUAUACUAUUAUAACAAUUCACAAUUACAAAUGAGGGGACCGGCGGCGAUGUUUAUAUUAUUAUUAUUUGUUCAUACACCAGACGAAAUUAUUAUAUGUUUUUUUUUUUUAAGUGGGCGGAUGAAUGUAAAAAUUAUUCACUCAGCAGUAUACAAUAGUAGAUAUACAGAAAUGCAGAACUCUAACCUUGCUCAUAAUAUAAUAAUUUUGUAUUCAAAAAUUCACAAUAACGUCAAUACCUAUACGGUUUUAAAUAGAAAUAAGUUUUUUUCAAAUGAUAUUUUAUUGGUAACAAGCUGUGCUACUCGGCUUCGCUAAAAAAAUGUUUAAAUAAAGUUAACUGAUACAUUUUUAUUAUAAUGUAUGCUGUUACCAUAGAUACCCACACAGCACAGGAAUCGCGCUACAAAAAAUGAAUACCAAUGUUUUUCUUCAUCCGUGUUACCAAGGUAACCCAUAAAUCAACAAAAAUAAUUAGAUUUUUAUACGAAAAAUACUUAAAAACCGAAUUUCAGGGAAUGGUAUUUUACCUAUAUAGGGAGUGGAUUUCGGCGGUAAUAAACCUUUACCGGAUAACGUGGAAAAACUUCCCAAAUGUCCAUAGCGAUCGGAUGAAUAGUGUGGUAAUGUAUAAAGAACAAACAGACACACAUUCGUUUUUAAAUGUAUAGAAGAGUAGAUAGAUAUACCCGUAUAGAUGAUUAAAGAUAAUGUCAAAUGUACAUAAGAGAUUUAAAACUAUAUUAUUAUUGUUGCAGCAAGAUGAUGGUACAUACGAUUUAGGAUAGAUUUUUGGAUUUUCCAGUACCACAUUCUUCAUAUUUUUGAUAUUUUUCAGAAUUUGUUUGGACGACCGUUAUUAUCACUAAAGUACUUAGGAGGGGGCUGCAGAAAUGUUUCUCCGGUCCUCGAAUUUUUUUUAAAAAAAAGUUCAAGCACGAAAUGCAUGUUUUUAUGGUAUCGUCGUUAAGUUUUCCAUUCGUUUAUAUUUAUUUAGACUUCUUACGAUCGUUAUAAGCUAAAUAAUGAUUCAUUUCAAUCACUCACUACAUAUAUCAGUAUAUUUGUACUUGUUUCGGUAACACACACGCAAUUUGACGGGUGGAUAGGUAAGUUGGUUGGUAACAUAAUUUGGUGGUACUUUAUUAAGUAAAUGACAUAUACAUGUAUAUAUAUAAACACAUAUGUAAAACUCUGAACAAAAUCGGGGAACAUUAUUAAGCUCUAAAGAACACAAUAUCACGAGAAGAACAUCUGAUAAAAAAAAAUUGUUGAAACACCCUACUGUAAUAUAUAUACUAUAUAGUAUUCCAUAGUUCUAUACAAUCAUGACAAAAAGCAAAAUAUUUAACUAUAUGUACUAUUGGUAACUUUUCCGUCUUUCUUACAUUUUUCCUCGAUUUUCUUAGUUAUUGAAAAAACUACAAAGAAAAAAAUAAAGACAUAGAUAAACGAUAGUUUUAUUGGAAAUUUUCGAAUUAUUCAGAUCGGGAAAAUGAAUAUGUAAAUAAUGUAUUUUAAUAAUCAAUUUACAAUUUAAUAUUGUUACCACGAUCACGACAAUCGUUUUUGUCAUUUGUCCAAAAUAUUUGGCUACUAUUUCUUAUCUCUGAACGAUCUGAACUAACGCGUUUAAUUUUCCGAACACUGGACAUGGGAGCAUUAGAUCCGAGAAAGCAUAUGAAGUAGACGAAUAAAUGACGAUGGAAUAGGGGGGCGGGAGUAUAUGAAGGACACUAGAAUAAGAGUAAAUAAGCGGGGAAGACGAAGAAGAAGGAUUUAUUUAAAAAUGGUGGCUAACGUAUAUUAUUUUUUAAUGGUAAUCGGCGACGACGGAAACAAUGCGCAUAAAAAUAUUAUACCUAGUCGCGAUCACGAGGAAAACGAGAAAUCGCCCGCGCAAGAGUACAUGCCAUUAAUUGCGAAUAUAAUACAUUAUUUAUACACGUCGUUAUUAUAUUAUGUUACAAACCGGUUAGGUUAGAUUAGGUUAGUCGUGGUCGAUAUAGUGCACGUGUGAUAAUAUACGGUAGAUAAGUAACAAAAAAGCCAUCGUACAUAUUAUUGUAAUAUACAAGACAAAGGAAAUCGAUGUAUCCAGUUAGAUUUUGGUUUAGAUUUUAAAUGUGUAGCGAAGAAGCUAUAGGCAUUAGUAUUAUCAACACAGUGACGGACACUUGUAAUAUAACUUUUACUGUUAUAUUAGUAGCUUUAUUAUACGCUUAUACGCUACGUCCAAAAUCUAUGUAAAUUGCCAAUGUGAACUGCCGUAAUGUGGCAGUCCACUGUCUUCUAUGAUUUGAUACCGUUGAAAAGAUUACUUCUUCAACAGUAUUGACGUAAUAUGAAAUUUUACAUAUUACUGCUAUAGCAGUACUUUAUUUGAAAUGUUUUUUCUGAAUCCCUUAUAUUUUUUCUGAACAUUUCAAAAAAAAAAAAACCGACAACCAUGAAAGAAUGGGAGAAAUGCGAUUAAAACUAUUUAACCUACACAGUUUAUCGAGCUCUGUUCAGAAUCAUUUUUCGAUUGUAAUGGUUUGUCGUUGCUAUAAGUGAUGUAUAUCCUAAACCUUUCCCAACUUCCUACCGAGAACAGUGUUGACCGUGGCGCUAAGUACGUCCGGCUUUUCUUCUUUUUUUUUCGCUCACUUUAUUUCACGAUUUCACUAGAGAUAAUUAUAAUACAACAAACUAUUAUCACAUGUACAGUAAGAACACUAAAAUACGACGACGGGCGAAUUUCCGUGUACAUAAUCGGCUUUUUUCGCAGUGUUACAGCGGCUGUAUGGACGAACGGUGGAUUAAGCCGGGCGAGUGUCCGGUCGGCGACGACGACGUCGUCUCGCUAGACCGACCGUGUCUGGAGCAAUGCGCCUCGGACGACUCCUGUCAUUCCGAGUACAAGUGUUGCCGGCACAGCUGCGGCGUAACGUGCCAACCGCCCGUCGGUCUGGCCGACAGUCCAGGUAUGUGUACGGCAGCGUCACCCGCGACGUUGGGUAUUGUAUUCGCACUUUGCGGAUUGAUUUUAUUGUUUUCCCGCGAUCAUAUUUACUCGGUUUAAAUUUGCUCGCCUUAUAUCGUGUACACUGUACACAUAUAGAAGUUCAAAGUGAGCACGUAUGUUCCGCGUGAAUGUGCUCGGAUCUAGCCGCUAUGAUCCGACGCCGGGGAGUUGUGACGCGAUCCAUCGCUGUGUGGAAUUUAAAUUCGGUUUUUGCAAUACGAUACGUCCACAGGUCUGCCGAACGUGCCGAGAGUGAUAGCCGUGUCAGACUCCGGCAAGGCAUUAGCGGUUGAGUGGACGCAGCCGACUUCUGGAGUCGCGGCCGCGGGCCACGUCACGUACGUGCUUCAGGAACGGCACCACGUGGGCGCUGAGUACGUGCCCGAGCGGAUGACCGUGUGGACAACGGUCAUCCGGACGGAUAGGACGCGGGAACAUCUCAGACAGUUGUACGCACCCGGCCGGUGGUUCCAGUUCCGCGUCGCGGCCAUCAACGAGAACGGCACCAGAGGCUACUCGGCGCCAUCCAAACAGUUUUUCGUUCACAUUGAACCGCGUAAGUGAUGUAUCAUGUGAUGGAUCAAAAUUUAAGUGUGAGCUUCCAUAUAGAAAUUGAAAUUUUAGAUUCUGAACGGAGCAACGAAUAUAUUGGGUUUACGAUGAUGUGUAUUUUUUUAUUUUUUAUACUGUGUACAAAAAUUGUAAUUUUGAUAGGAAAUUUAUAUUUUCCUUUUAUAGACGUGGUCAAAUUUUCAAAAUUUUGAGCCAUUUUCAAGCUAUUAGACAUUUUAAUUUUGCGAGUUUUUUACGUAGUAUUUAUUCGGUAGGUACUCUGUGGAUAAAAUUAUUAGAUCGAACAGAAAUGCUUGACAAUUUAACAGGAGGUUCAUUAAAAGUCUUAAUUUGAGAUCAGAAAGAAAAUUUUGUGUAAUGUGAAAUAGUUAUAAUUUUUUUUUAUUUUGUGGUCAACAAGAAAAAAUUGAGAUUAAUAUAAUAUAUAUAUUUUUUAAUAAGAAUUUUAAUUUCAAAUUUUGAUGAAAAUCGUAAAUAUUACGACCUUUUAAACACGUAUAACCAAACUCCGCUCAGAAAGUAACCUAUAAUAGUGGCUCAUCCAUCGUGCGAAGUAUAUCCGUCUUUUUUACUUGAAACUCAUUUGUUCGCCCGCGUUUAAAAUAUCAAAUUCCUGCGUGAUAAAUGUUGUCCAAAAUCGACGUAUGACGUAUUAAUUAUAGUCAGGACUUAUUCAAAAAAUGUUUUGAAAAAUUACAGCCGAGUGGAAAACUCCUAUUAUUUAAGGUGUACCGUGUGAAUAUGUGGGUGAUUUUUAUAAACCGUAAAAUUGUCGUAGAUAUUGAAAAAAACCCCAGACAUUUUUAAAAAAAAAAACUAAAAUAAAAUGUCUGUUCCAGAUAUAAAUCCACCUGGAUUACCCGAAAAUCUGACCGUGUCAUCGUUAAAAUGGUCCGCAGGAGGAAAGUACCAACAGUGCCUGCUGUCGUGGUCGCCGCCCGACUUUUCCGUCAUACCCGUCCGGAAGUACAAAGUGUUCAUUAGCGUGCGGGACGGACCGCACGUUUACCAGAGACGUCAUAUCGUCCCGGCGGUAAGUUGCCCGAAGUCAACUAACUUGACCUAACUUGACCUUACUUGACUGCUCGACAAAAAACACUGAUUCCCGUACUCGUUCCGAGUAUACAAAUCCCAGCGUUAUUCUUCUUGUAUUUCGUAGUCGCUAUUCUCGGUAAUAAUAAAUAGAUGACAACAAACUACUAAAAAUAGCAAUAACUAAUAACCGUAAAAAUUUCGAUUACACUCACACUGCAGUAAAUUACUCGUAUAGCCUAAUAUCCAAAAAUGUCAUUAUGGGGUAGCGAGGGGUAGGUACUGCUACGCCACUAUUUUUAGCGAGGUUCCAAAUUAAUAGCUUCGCUACCGCUACCCUAUGAGUAAUUCUUUAGCUUUUUUUAUAACACGAUUAUACUAACGUAAUAAUUACACAAUCGGCUAUAAUAAAUUUGAACGUAUUUACAGAUUAGUCAAGUGAUUUCUAAAUUGUUUACUUUAUAUCUUCUAACUAAUUCUAAUGAGCAAUUGACAAUUGAACCCUAUUGACGAUCCGCGACGUGAGGGACGCAACAUUAAACUACAACUGAAAUAAAAAUUGUAUUCAAGAUGCUUGUUAUACCUUAUGAUUUUAUUUCAAAUGACACUUACCAAUAUCGCAAAGUUUUCUAUAUAUAUAUUUUAGAUGAUUUAUCCAGAAGUGACAAUUUGUCGUUAAUACAAUUAUUGAAAUAUAAUAUUUUUAUUUUAUAUUUCGAACGAAGCAAUGAAUGUACUGGUUUUGAAAAAAAGAUAUUUUUUUUUCUGUAAACAACUUUUCUAUCAACAAUUUUGCUCAGAUUUUCAAUGAGAGCACUUUUUCUGAAAAGAAAUCGGACUGAGGAGUAACUCUAAGGAGGUCAUUUUUCUAUUUUUCCAGGAUUUUUCCCAAUUAAUUAGAAAAACCGAAAAAAAAAAAACGAGAAAAAAGGUACAAUAUUAAACAAACAUUAUUAAAGAAAAAAUAUAUAAUGCGUAUGUAAUUUUUUUACCAUAAUAUGAUAUAUAUAUAUAUAUAUAUAUAUAUAUAUUGUAUAUAUAUACAGUAUAUAUUGUUGACAAAGCAACUAUGUUAAUCGAACUCCGCUCAGAGUCGUUAAUUCGUUAGCAAUGUUUUAUCGUUGCGUACAUAUACAUCAAAUUUCUCCUUUACUUUCUCAACUACUCAUCUAAAACAGUAGACCACCCACGUGCGAAGUAUGUCCAUCUUUUUUUUUUUUAAUUUUCUUUUUUUUAACCUAACCGCUGAAUUUAAUUUGUUCAGUGUACACUCUUCUGCUGGUAUACAAUUUUACUUUUGACAUUUUUUUUUUGCUUAUUGUUACAUAUAAUUAUGGUUCAAGAAUUAAUUUAGAAUUUUUAUUUUAGUCAAUAUUUUAGGAAAUAUGUGUUUGAUAUUUAAAUCAGCGAUUGGUACCCAAAAUAGUCGACAACUUUAUAUAGAGUAUAUAACUCUAUAACCCUAUAUAUACUUAUAUGCGUCCAUAGUACCUCAGUGUGACAGUGUCCUUACUGCUAUAGGCAACGCAUAUAUGCGUCCAUAGCAUUUAAAGGGUUAACGUGUUAUGUUUUUAAACUUCGAAUAUAAGUACAUAAGUAUUAUUAUGUUUAGCUAUAAAAAAAAAUCCUGAUUACAAUUUUAUAAUCUUAUAUCGAAUCGAACGUGUGUGCCACAAAUUAAAAUUACAAGAAAUUUGUUUGUAAUCCAGUUAUCGUCAUCUACAACAAAUAUUUGAAAAAAAAAAGAAUGUGAAGUUUGAUAGUCGUACGUGAUCAUAACAAAAGUAUCGUUUCGCCAACCAGAUUAAUAUUUAUGUGAUUAUUGAUUGAGUAUUUAAUUGCGGAACAAGUCACGAUUUGUUCAUAUAUGUUACAGCUCACAUGUCGGCUGCUGGCCAAAAACAAAAUUUAAUUUUCAAGUUAAUCAACAACGUAAAAUGAUUGAAUGUUAAUUAUGUUAUCGACAAAAAGUAUCGCGACUGUCGAGAAAGUUUGGUGAGAGUCUUUAAGAUACCCACUUGGAUAAUUUAGUAGUGGCGUGCUAAAGGGAGGGGAAGUUAGGGAUUUAUCUCUCUCCUCCCAAAUGACUUAAAUCUACAAUAACAAUGAGUAUUUAUUUAGUAAUUUUAUCUUGAAAUUAUGUAUUUCAGCAAAGUUACAAGGAAAAGCUUGAUUUAUUGAUUAAAAAUUGUUUUUUUUCUAACACGGCUUUUAAACUCUUAAUUUGUACCAGUUAGGUAUAAUAUGAGUAGAUUUUAUCAUAUAUUUAUGAAUUAUGAUUAUUAUAUUUACUGACUCUUCUCUUAUUAAAAAUUAUUAAGAAAAUUAAAAAAUGACUUUCUUACUUGCCAACUGUAGAUAUCAACAAUUUUCAUUCAGAAAAGAUGCUACACUUGAAAUUUGGAUUAAGAUUUUCAGUGAAAAGUUAUUGGUACACUUCAAACGUCAAAAAAUCAAAUUAAAAAAAAAAAAAAAAAAAAUCACGAAAUAUCAUAAUAAAACUAAUGCAUUAUGUUCACUGCUUAGAAUCUAUAAACGUUGACAAUAGCGUAUUAAUAUAUGUCUAUCUUACUUCUUUUGGAAAAGCAAAUUUCGUUUGAUUGCCAUUUGUAAUUGUAUAUUUUUUUUAGGUAACUGGGUUUAAGAAUAGUAGACAAGUUUGGGUGGUUUGCGUUUGAGCGAGUAUGUACAAAUUACAUUGUUUUUUGGGCAAUUUUCCACAAUGUGUUUGGGCGAGUGAUUUUAAAACAUUUUAAUGUGUUUGAGCGUCUGAUUCAUUAUCUCUCUCAUUUUGACAGAAUCGGGACUAUUUGUAAAUUCCACGAGUAUUAUUAAAAAUUUUCAAUCGAAAUGUAUAGUUUAUUUCGUUUUGUAACAAAAAACGUUUUCAUUUUUAUGAUCUAUAUUUGCUAUACGAUUCGUAAUAAAUAAUAAUUAAUAACAAUGAACUAAUACCAAACGCUUAUUAGUAAAACACUAUAACGAGUUUACGUUUCCAAUUUUUGAGCAAACCCAAAAUAUUUGAAAUACUAUAAUUAUUAAGUUUAGACCAAUAUAAUAUUAUUACUUACAAGGAAAUCGCAAUUUCUGUUAUCUCAUCUGAUUGAUGAUACAUUUUUAAUGUGUGUAAUUUAAAAUUUAUUCUUUACAUUGUGCUUAUCAUAAAAAAAUACUCUCUCGAAUACGUUAUUCGACAUUCGGCUAAACACAUUACGAGGAACUCGUCCUGUUUUUCCACUUCCUCGCACCGUUUUUAUUAUGCGGGAAAAUGGAUAACUCGCCCCAAACGCAUGACGCCUGACAAUUGUAUUGUGUUGUUCGUUUAUACGGUCUUGUUAACAUUUUAUUUUUGCGUCAAACGGCUCUACAGUUCACACGACUCUGCUUAUUAAUUGCACCACCGUCAACGAUUCAUUUAAAAUUCACAUUUUGAGAAAAAUCGCACGCUACCUGCUAUUAUAGCAUAUCAUAGAGCAGAAGUACAUAACAUAAUAAUAAUAAUAUCAACGCGGACAUCAUAGGUUGCUAUAUAAAUAAUAUUGUAUUUUCCGUAUACCACAAACAAUAAUAAUUAUACCAUCAUCAUCAUCAUCAUCAUCACUAUUGUAUCACUAUUUUACUAAUAAAAUUUUAAACACGCCGGACACGCGAGUACAUCUAUACAUAAAAUUAAAAAAUAUUAAAAACGUCAAGUUCAUGUUAUGUCAGUCGAUCGCGUUCGAUCGUCCGCGAGUGCAAUCAAACGGUAAAACCGUGGAGCGGAUAUUAUUGAAUAAACGUAGUCGUUCAACGGAUUUGGAAAAAAAAAAAAAAAAAAAGGAAAAGGAAAAUUAAAAACACACCGGAAAUUUUCGUUCAAUUUGGACAGGAGCAGGCGACUGUAACGUUGAUCUGGACGAACCGCCAGUUGCGGACCAGUUCUUCCGGCAACAAUCCAUCGUCCGGGGGAGAAUUCGUCACCCCCGGGCCCGGUUUCGAGUCAUUAUUGUUUCUCUUCAGCACCUGCACGGGAUACACGUACUCCUUGCACCAAUGCCAACCGCUGCAUGUGACCGCCGGCAGUAUGUUCGGGAAGUGGUCGUCGCUUAGCUCCAUCGGUUGGUGGUUGAGCGUGCAGUCGCUGCACGUUGCGGCCACAUUGGACCGCCUCAUUCGUUCCUCGGCGGCCGCAACGGCUGCUGCGGCGGCUGCGGCUGCGACCGCGGCCAUCCCCGUUCUCUGCGGUCGGACGCUGCUGCCGCCCUGACGCCACAUCCGUUCGCCGAUCUGCCUAGAAUACCGGCCGAACGGCUCGCCCCGCGGUUGCGUGUCGAACAUCACACCGAAUCGCAGCCCGUCGUUUGUCGACCGACAUGUGACUGGCGGUGCACACGACACCAACGCCUGCGUGCGAAAAAAUAUUCAAAUAUCGAUUAAUAUCGCUGACCCCUUUGAAAUACUACGCGGUAUUAUAGGUUAGAAUAAGUUUUUGAAUAUCGGUAAUACCAUUAAAAAAAAAAAAUAAAAAUAAAAAGAGCUGCUGACGGGUGUGCCAUUGCUGUACAGGUGGGAAUUUGGGAAGAUAGAAUACGUAACUUUAUUUAAUUUAUACCCGUGCGAAACGAUAGACCGUUGCUGACGAAUAACGAUACCAAUCGAAAUUCGACUUGAAACACGUUUUGAAUGCCGUGGUUUUUACGAUUUUUGUCAAAUGUUCAAUUCAAAACACGUAUGAACGCAAAUCUAUUAAAUUAAGUUCGACGUAUGUAAUUAACUUAAUAUUAUAGUGUUCUAUACAAUUGUGUACGACUAUUUUUAACCAAAUUACAACAAAAAGACAAAAUCGUAUGCGACGAAACUGUUAAAGUCGUAAACUUUCUCACUUUUCUUAUAUUUUUCUCGGUAUUCCCAUUUAUUAAGGAAACUACAAAACAAAUCAAAUCGCAUGUAAAACAUUUCAUUUAAGAAAAGAUGAUACCCUUUAAAUCAAAAUUUCUAGUAGAAAAAUAAAAUCGAAAAAAAAUGUUAAACUUUGAACUGCCGUCAAUUAGCUCAUUUUCCCCGUAAGUUUUUUUUUUGCGGUUUUUCCAAGUAUAUUGUAAAACACAAGGGAAAUAAAAAUAUGUCUAUCUCUACGUACUAAGCGCGUUCAAAAUUCUACAAAAAAGCUUUUCUGUCGGUUUUCGAUUGGAACAAGAUUUCUGGCGGAAAAGUUGUUUACAAACAGAAAAAUCACACAUAGUGAUAUCUAAUAUAUUCCUUACUCCAUUUGAAAUAUAAAAUAAUACUCUAAUUUAAGACAUUGCCGUAACACUAAAAAGAACACUUGUAGUACAACUUUUAAUAAGUAUGUACCGAGAGAAAAACGCAAAUACAAUUGUAAAUGUACCUAUUACACGAGUUUACGGACUCCGGGAGGACGUUAAGAAAAAAAAAAAAAGAUGUUUACGUAUACCCAUGGGUUUUAUUAUCGAUCUAUUUUCCAAAACCCUAUUUUGCUAAACCCACCCACGCUCCCACCUCGAUUUGCAUUGUAUUUCCUGAAAAAUGUAAAAAAUUAUAUUUUCUUCAGAUUGAACCUAACCGACACUAUAUUUUGUUUUAAAAGGAACGAUUCAAAAGUUUUGUUCGGUCUUUAUUUGUGUGAAUAAUAAGACACUUUGUCUUUUGCGCUAAUAAUGCGAUUUCAUUGUACUGUGUGACGUAUUUUCAAAAAUUAAAGAAUCCAAAGUAGUUAUACAGUACUAAACUAUAGUUUCCCGUAUUGAAUUAUUCUUUGAAUAAUUUUCAAAGAAAAUUAUUUAAAUUAAUAAUGCGUAAAAAAAAAAAAUAAUAAAACCUUAAAAAUUUUAGAAGUAUUUUAUCUACCGACGAAUUUUUUAUUUAUUUUUUUUUUUUUUUGGUGUGGGGAAAUUGUGGUUUAACGCAUUGAACAAAUGGUUUUUCGAAAUUAAUAGACGCAUUUCGGGCGAAAAGCAAAAACAAAUGUAUUUCGAAAAUGCGUACUUACGUGUAAUGUCCAGAUCGUAAUACCUCUCAGGACAACGUGCAUUGUUUGAAUGAAAUGAAUGUACAGCCGUCUGCUUUACCAUCCCUUUACUAUAAAUAGAACCGUAUUACAUACAACGACAUGAUGUAUUAUAUAACAAUGGAACUACCCUCGACUUAUACCGAAUAAUGGACCGCGUAACAAGAUAGGUGUUUUGCGACUAUUCGGUCGCGCACAAUGACGUCAUUGAAAAUCUCGACACAACGUAUUAUACAUAUAUAUAUUUAUUACAUGAUUUUUUUUUUCUCUCUCUCUUUUUCUCUCUUUCUGACCCGCAGGAUAUUUUGAGUUUUCCGAUCAAAAAGCUGAACGCGAAUACCGAGUAUUUUCUUCAAGUGCAAGCCAUUAGCGAAUUCGGAAGAAAAAGAUUGACCGGUCGAAAAGCGUCGACAACCCUGAAAACUAAAGGUGAAUGAAAACACAUGUAUCCUAUCGUAGGUGUACACGUAUAAUACACCGCAUUUAUAACUAUUAUAUUAUUUAUGUCUUUAGUAUACAACGUCCAAUAAUAAACAGUAUGUAUGCAUUUUUAAUAAAAGCGCAUCAUAAUUUGUAAUGAUUUUAUUUUGUAUUGUUUUCCGCUGAAUUUAACGCGAUCUCGGGGUUUGUGUGUAGGCAAAACUGUAAACGAGGCCGGACAAGCUGCCCCGGCACCGGCCUUCGAAACCCCGUAAAUUGACCAUCUUUCCACAUAAAUUAAAAUUAUUACGUACAUAUUUUUGUAAUAUUAUAAACAUUUUUUAACGAACAUUUUAUAAACACACAAAUAACGACACAGUGAUGAGCCCGUUACAUCUGUAAUGGCCCAGGGGGUCCGCCGUCCCCUACUUAAUCCGGGCCCGACUACAAUUUCGUUUAACAAUAACCAUACAGUGCGUUCGAAACAUUUUUAUAAAUGCGUACUUAUCAUUAUUAAUUAUUUUAAAUAAUUGUAUUAUAUUGUAUUGCUAUAUAACUUACUGCGGUUUCUGCAAUAUAUUUCUUUCGGUCUACACUUUUUAUAAAAAAUGCAAUACGUACUCAAUUGUACAUUAAUGAAAUUCACAUAGAACACAAAUAAUAUGUUUUAUUACUGAUAAUUAGGGCUCAGGACUUUAUGCACUUAAAAUCCACAAAAAGGCGAUAAAAUAAUCGUGAAAAGGGCUUGUAAAUGCAAUUGAAAAAAAAAAAAAAAAAAUCAAAUAAUGGUAAUAUGUUUUUAAACCCCCACUCCCCCUCAUCGACUAGCUCUAACUUAUAACAUACAAUUUUCGAACACUACAAAAAUUAUUAACACAAGUUUUUAAAUAAAACUACUGUAAGUACUAUAAAAAAAGAAAAUUACAUGUUUUAGAUAAUUACAUUUAUAAAUGAUUAGAGAUGUUAUGGAGAUUCGGGGUGGACAUUUUAAACCCUUCUGGGCUCUCUGAUUAUUUUUGCUUUUUAAAUUUUUUCAGAGUUCUUUUAAAGUUAUCAAACUGCUUUCUAUGGAUUUUAAAGGCAUAAAGUCCCGAGCCCGGCUGAUAAUAUAUGAGCACAUCGACAAUUCAUUCGUAUAUUUUAAAAAAAACAUAUUUUUAUGGAUUAAGUAUAGGUACUUGUAUUAUUUUCCGAUACUAUGGCAAUUAUUGAAUUAUUUUAGUGGUCCAAUUAUUGGUAUUCUAGUCUUGGUGUUUGCAGGUGGAGUUAUAUAAAAUAUACCGAACACGACGUCUAAUUACGUUGAAAAAUAUAACGAUUCCAUAAAAAUAUUUUUCUUUUUAACGAUUAUAUUGCGUAAUCGGGACACUUUCGUAAUAUCUAUAUUAUAUAAUUCACUUAUGAGUUUAUGACGUUAUAAGCUCCUAAUAAAAUUGCAAUUCUUUCACUGUACCCAUAAAUAUAAUUUUUAAACUAUAAUAUUUACAACGAAAAUAUUAAAAUUUAAAAAUAAUGUAAUUAUGCACGGAUUCGAUAAUCUCAAUAAGUGUUUAAUUAACUUUUUAUGUUUAUUAUAUUAUGCACACUACUGAAUUACUGAACUAUUAUGCUCGUACGUUACUGAAUCGAACCGAUCGACAUUUGUAUUUAAAUGAUAAGUGAAUUUAAUAUUAAAAAUUACAUUGCUGGAAGAAAAAUUACUUUAGUUUAUUGUUGUUUCAGGCAAAAAAUUAUUGAAUUCUAAGAAAAUCAAAGAAUUAAAACUCGUGAAUAUAAAAAAUAUUGAUAAUCUAAACAGCGAUUUAGUAAACGUUAGAAUAUCUUGGAGUCCGGUCGUUAGACCAUUAUUGUUAUCAAAGAAAAUCGUUUAUACUUUGUCGUGGUCGCCAAAAGACUGUGACGAUAAAAGCAAAGCACUCAGAGCAAAGACAAAAGUAAGUUAAUUACGUCAUCAGCUGUUUAUGUUUACCAUAAACUUUUAUACAUUUUCACUGGCACAUUGUUUCUAUGCGUUUUCAUAUGCCCGUAGUACUCUUAAAUUAUUUUGUUUUGAUUAUUUUAGAUGGCGUACUUUGAUUUGCUUUCCUUAAAUCCGCAAUGCAAGUAUUUAAUUGUGGUCUCGACCAAACUUAAUGGAUCGAAAUACGUGGGUUCUUUUACUUUCGAUACACCCACACUGUAAAUAUCUUGUACCGUAAUGGAGUCUUAAAAUACUUAUAAGCUUAACAAUAUAAUAUUAUUUUAUGUGCAUGCAUUGUAUACUUCUAUUAUUUCUAGAGAAAGACGAACAUAAUAUCGUGUAUAUUUAUUAAAAAAAAAAAAAACCGUAUUGUUAAUAAUAACUAAUAACAUAAUAUUAUACGGUUAAGCACGAUUGAAUAUGAAACACGAAAUUCAUAAUGUAUACUGUAGGUACCUACUCGUAGCUGUUAAAAAUAUGUAACUUAUGUGUUUAGGAACGUUAAAUGUGUACAAUUUUAAUAUUAUAUUUUAUUUUAUACCUAGCUGCUAUUAUUCUGUACGAUGUAUUUAAAUCGAAUGUUAUACUCUAUUGGAAUUUAUACGAAAUGAUUCGAUGAUUGUAAAAUUGAACAACGC